AUGCGUCUCGACACCGGCAUCUCAUUGAAGUUGAUGUCCAUCAUAAACUUGUUUGCGAACGACAUCUUUGAACGGAUUGCUGGUGAGUCGAGCCGCUCGGCUCACUACAAUAAGACAACAAUCACCAGCAGAGAGAUCCAGACUGUUGUGCUUCUGCUGCUCCCAGCUGUCGUAGUAUUCGACAAAGUAGUAGUUCUGGUCUAUAAAGCAGCGGCGGAUGUCGGUGUAGAGGAAGAAUUUUGGGUGGUUGGAAGCGGCGUGAGGAUGUUAAGGGUUGCUUGGCGCUAA